AAUAAAAUGUAUAAUUGUUUCUCUUUUUUAUAAGUCGAGGAAAUAAUUAAAAGUAUUUUUUACUGAGCUGCAGGGGUUGAAUCUCAUGAUGCACAUUAAAGAGUGUUUCCUAAUUUCCUAAAAACAAAAAGUCUAAAACGAAAAGCAGGAGGAGCUCCAGCUUUCCAUGGAGACCCUGCUUCCUCUCCCACUGAGCUGCUUGUGGUUAACUGGGAAUACUGGGAGGCAGUUGAGCAGAGAGCUCCCCCUGCUGGUCACACUGCCGCUCCGGCCAGUGAGGAUUCACAUGGAGACUCUUGAGUGUGAAAGAUGAUGCUGCAGCCAUGAGAGCGGAGGAGGAAGAGGAGGAGGAGGAGCAGAGCUGAGGUUAUUUUCACCGAGUGAGGAGAGGAGAGGAGAGGAGAGGAGAGUGAUAUUUCAGCUGAGGAUCAGUGGGAGGACCAGCCUGUCUCUCUGCUGGACGAGCAGAGGAGGAGGAGGUGUGAGUCUCUGCAGCAGCAGCAGGAGGAGCAGACGGAGGAGGUGGAGGAGGUGGAGGCAUUCCAGAGACGCAGCAGCAGAGCCAUGCAGCAGCCGCAGCUCCAGCAGUGAGGUGGCAGUGGGCGGGGCCUGACCCGCUCGGCCACCGUCUGAUUGGUGGCCUGUGAUGAUUGCGACAGGCGGUCUGCUGAGGAUCAACGCGCGGCGACAGGACUCUCUGAGGUCCAAACCACACAGAUCCCACCCGCACAAGAAGAAGAGCAAGAACAAAAGACGCAGCGAGGUGGUGGUGGUCAAGGGGAAGCUGAAGCUGUGCUCCAUCUCGGGUCUGGUGGCCGUCCUGGGGAUCGUGGUUCUGAUGGUCGGGGUUCUGAUGGCAGCUCUGGGCUACUGGCCUCGGGACGGACUGUUCUUCAGCUCCCAGCCACAAGAGGGCGCCACUAUGGCCUUGAUGUCCUUCAGUAGUCCAGCACCAGCACUUGUUGAAGACCAGGAACCCGGGUGGGCGGAGUCAAACGCAGGAGACGGAACCAAUGGCAGAGGAAAUGGCUUCAACCAAUCAGAGACCGUCAACGGGACCUCUCGAGAUGUUCCACAAGGAUUUCUGGAAGAGUUCCUGGACAGGUAUCUGUACUCUGAUAGGCUGAAGGUCUUCGGCCCGCUCAUCAUGGGCAUUGGCAUCUUCCUCUUCAUCUGUGCCAACGCCGUCCUGCAUGAGAACCGGGACAAGAAGACCAAGGUCAUCAACCUGCGGGACAUCUACUCCACCGUCAUCGACCUCCACAGCGUCCGGAAGACCCACCCUUCUUCCUCUGGCUCCGCCCACCAGCCGUUAGCCAAUCCGCUCAAUGGACUCAUCAACUAUGUCCAGUCCAAGAGUCUGGACUCAAAGUCCCAGAUGUGUCCCGCCGCCCUGUUGUCAAGGCAACCAGCCAGUAGCAGGAGGUGCAGCGAUGGAGGAGGAGGAGUCUUCAGUGUCUGUCAGGAGCAUCCGCCUGCACCUCCUCCCUCCUCCUCCAACAGACACUCCCUUCCCCUGACUUCUGACCCCUGCUGGACCUCCCACCACAAAGAUACGCCGAGCUCCUUCACGUUGCCCCGGCCCCGUCAGCGCUCCCCCGGCGCCCGCAGGAGACACUCCUUCUGGGCCAGGAGCAGUGGCCAGGAGGAGGAGCAGAAGGAGGAGGAGAUGCAGCCGCCUCCUCUGUGUGCCUCCACUCCUCCGCCUCACAGAGGCUCAGAGGCUCUGCUCCUCCUCUCCUCUUCCUCACUCUCCUCCCUGUCCCACCUCCUCUCCUCCUCCACUCCAGCUCCACCCUGCAGGAGGCGGAGCCUUCCGACCGCCGCCCUUAACGCGGCCUACUGCAAGCUGACGCAAGGAGAGGACGAUUCCUUCGAGUGGUCUUCAUCACACAAGGUGACCCCAGAGGUGGAGGUGCGGCCCUCACAACCAGAGACACCCUGAGGUCCCGCCGGCCCCCUGGGGGUGAGGAAGACGAGGAGGAUGAAGCUGGUGAUGACAGCAGCAGCAAUAAAGAGUCUUCCACCGUAAAGAUGAGCCAACUUCCUGUUCAUCAGUUAUCUGGUGGGACCCAGUCUCACCCAGCCAACAGAACUGGACCCACUUGACCCAAACGGAUCCAUUCAGGAGACCACAGAUUGUCUUCAUGUCCCUGUUUACACUAAAUAACCAGAUUAACCCAAACAGAUCCAACUAAUCCAAGGUGACUCCAUUUAUUACCAGCCUGUCCCGUUUCCCUUCCAGACUGACCAUAAUUACAGCCAACUAAUCCAGUUUGACCUGGAUGGACACCAGUCCCAGUCCAGCAGCAGGUCCUUCUUCUUCUUUUCUCUAAGUGGUAGAGGUCAGAGGUCGGAGGUUGGUCUUGCUCCACGCCCUGCAGUGCAUGCUCUUUAAGCAGCUUCAGUAUUUUGCACUCUUUGAUCUUCAAAGCUUCAUUCUUCUGGGACUACUUUCCUUGGCGGAGGCGUCCGUCCCUCCUGUGUUGGACCUGGAGAAAUGGACGGGUUGGACAGCAUGUCGUCGUUUUUACUGCAUGUUCUAGAAGCCGAUCACAUAACCUGCUGUGAUGAAGACAUCAAACAUCUUCAUCCUUUGCUGCUCUGCAGGCUCCGCCCACCUGCUGAGGAGCCGCCCCCUCCACGUUAAAGAUGGCCGCCUCUGGAGGACUGAACUCGACCCGUCAGAAUCCCAAUCAGCUCUACCGGACCUUUAAACUAAAAACAAUCCAACUGUGAUUAUGAAGCAGAGAAAACGGGUCAGAGUUCAGAGUUCACAGGUAGCCUCAACAGGAAGAACUCUAAAACCAGUCCUACUGGCUGACUGGGUGAACUGGUGAUGGUCUGGAUCGACCCAUCCGGAACCUGAGCUUUUUCUCCUAACAUGAUGUCUGAACUGAUUCCUCUCACACUGAACUGGUUCUGUUGAGUCUUCAUCCCGUCCCGUGUCCUCUAACCCAGUGGUCCCCAACCCUGGUUCUCAGGCUGUCCUGUAUGUUUUUGAUGAGGAUGGUGAGGAGGAGUUGUGUGAUGAAGAUGAGUCCGAUCUCCAGCACAGCUGAUCAUUUGACUGCAUCACCUCCUUUGCAUUCUUUCAAUAGCAGCAGCGGUGAAACACCUAAAGCUUGCAGCACAGUGGACCCUGAGGACCAGGGCGAGGGACCACUGCGCUAACCUGUUGGUACCGGACAUUUCAGCUCUGGUUCUGAUCUUGGUUCUGUUGGAGCUUAUUGGACCCGGAUGGACCGUCAGCAGAACUUCCUGCGGUCAGAGCUGCAGUGUCCUCCACUGAGCGAAGCUUCACUGAAGCACAAAGUGAAACCACAACAAAUAAAGCACAAAAUGUCCA